AUGGCUGCCUCCGCUUCAUCUUUGACUUCUCACUCCGAGUCCUCACCAAACGAUGUCUCAAAGCGCCAGGAAGGACAUGACCCACACACUGCGGUCAAACCACUCCGCCAUGACCACAGACGCGCAGUUGCAGGCUACUGCGAACACGGUCUAUGCAAGUGCAGUCACUACAUCUCGCCACGCGAAGAAGACUACGAAAAGUACAGAUGUGAAGACGGACGCGGUCACCCGACCAACCUCAACAAGCCGUGCAAAGGUGUUGGAAAGAUCGAGUGUGGCCUCUGCCGCGGUCUAAUCUGCAGAGUCUGCUACAAUACCCACAGCCCUCACUCGGACAGACUUUGGAGUCAGAAUGACACCCGUUCCGAUCGCAGACGCGUCUAG